AUGUCAGCAGGGGAUAUAUCAGCCAUAACUACCAAAUCUAUCAAAAAAAACAGAAGGAGGAAGAAGAGAAGAACAGCCGAUGUUUCAUCAUCAGAUUCUUCGUCGUCAGAUUCCUCAUCAGAAAAUGAAAAGGAGGAAAUCCAAAAUGGGCCCACCAAAGAGAGUGUUACUGGAAAUGGUAAAAUUGACCAUGCUCUCUCAAAAGGUAAUGACGAGGACAGGCAUGAAGACAUCGAAAUGGAAGUUUCCGAUGUCGAGCUAACAGACGAAGAGAGCAAGGAUUUGAGGUUAAAUUCAAAAGAAGUGAUAGAUGAUUUCACCAAAAUUUCUUUGAGCAAAAUCCCAGAACCUAUGAAAUCUCAAAAAAAGGACAGUUUCAUGAAUGCAUCGAAAAUUGCCGAAAACAUCAAGCUUGCGAGGGAAGAAUACAACGAAUUGGCAGAAAAUUUUACACCAAAAGGGAAAGACAAGACAAAAGUAAGGGAAGAAUAUUUAAAUUUACUUUUCGAAAAUUACGGUGAUGAUAUCAGUCAUCUUAGAUCUGCCCCGGAUUUUACGAAUAAAUCCUUAUCCGUUUUGGCAGAUGCUCUACAAGAAGGAAUAGGAAUGUUUGAUAUUGGUGAACUAGAAUUGGUCCUGAAAAAUAAAGAAAUGGAGAAUUAA